AUGAGAAGUGACCGCUCAACCACCUACAUGCACUCAUCGCCGUCCAUUCUCCCAUCCAUGUCUCCCUCUCUCCGGCCCAAUUCCCCUCCUCCCUCCCGCAACAGAGUCCGCAUGUCUCCCAAACCAAAACACGCCAUCCAGCUGGGCAACCUCCCACGCUUCCACCCAGCCGUCUACCAAUCCGCUUCGAACGCUCCUCAUAACCAACCUCCUUCCCCGCUCCAACAACGACCCGCCCAGCCUUACAGAAUACCAUCAGGUUCAAGGGAUGCCCUACGUCAAUAUCGUGACCUCGUCGCAGGCGUGACUCUUACACCACGAGGCUCUUCAACCAGUGGCGGCACAAAGCCUUCUAAACCACGCAUCGAUCCGCUGGGCAGUCCGGGCCCCGUAACGCCCCUGGCGCUCGAGGACGAUGAGGGUGGAUAUUUCGUCGCUGGGGCACCGUGUUCUCUGCCGUCGGAUUCCAGUGCGAGGAAUCAUGAUGGAUCUGUUUCGCCACGGGAGCUUGUUGAGAAACUGAUCCAGCGGGAGACGGAGAGGUUGGCGUCCCAGGGCUCGUCUAGGAAGGAGAAUAAGGGCUGGUAA